CGAGCGCCUUGGUUUUUCGUUUUAGCUUUUGCCGGGGCCCCGCGGGUAAACGGGGCGAGUGAAUAUUUACGCUGCCGGCCCAUCCUCCGCACUUGUCUCGCACCGAAGCGGACUGCAGCAUUUCUGCUGUUUGGCGCUGCGGCCCCAGCACAGCAAUUCUCUCUUGUUCAUUCUCAGGGGUUUGUUGUGGGACUGUACGCGUUGCCGAUGCUGAUUAUUUGAUGAGUCGGAGAAGAAGGAAGAACAGAGCAAUCGAGGUGUGUUGUUUGCCACCAGGUUGAGGAUUUGAUGGUGCUGUUGUGGACAAUUGUGGUCUGAUGGAGUGAGCGAGGAGCUUAACGUGGAGGUCACUUUGUGGGUGGGAUUCUUGGGGUUUCUGGAGCGCGGGAGAGAUCGGACGGGAAUUGGCUGCAGCGUUGGAUAGCGAGAGGGAUAUGGUAGUGAUCUGCAGUCGUUGUCUGUGAGGAUGCAGGAUACAAUACCAGGGGAGGUUCUGAGAGCGGUGUUUCCGCUUCUGCUAGGGCAGGAUCUGGCAGCAUGCAUGUGCGUUUGCAAGCUCUGGAGAGAAAUAGCCAGAGAUUAUUACCUGUGGAGCCAGCUCUGUGCGAAGAGAUGGCCCUCUGUGCGCAGCACCAAGGGUUCGUUGGCAAAGGUUUCACCGAAUUCUUAUUUCAGCUUGUACUCGAGGUUUUCGAGGAAGCCUCGAAGUCGAAGCAUGCCUGCCCCUAAGUUGACAUUUGAAGAUUUGGAAUUUUACUUGGACAUUUGGUCGGACGAGCAAUCAAUCUUUUCGACGGUUGUGCCGGGGGGGAUUGUCAGAAACAGAAUCGAGACUGAUCCGCAGGGCAUCAGUGAGACUAUGCGCACACACAUCCACAAUGAUACGUACAAGCUGACAGUAGCGGUGUCGCCGCGCCUUUCCGUGAAACUCGAUGAUUGUGUUAUGGUGUCAUUGUUGGUGAGACGCCUAGAUGAUGAGCGCGUGGCAUGUAUUGUGGACAAGGCGGGUUUCGAUUAUGUGGACGGCCAUGGAAACCUUGCCCACGCCUAUGAGUACCUACAAAUUUCUCCCCUCUAUCCGUUUGUGUCAAAUAUUAGAGUUUGGGUAGCGAUGCUGUUACUGAAUGCUGGCGAGGGAGAAAGCCAAGAGGUGUUUGGCAUCGAACUGGACUUCCCAGAUGUCGCCAGUACUGACAAUGAGUUGUUGUGCUUGCUGGAAAUUCUGGACUGGAAGUCCAUAGACUGAGAUAUUCAGUUGUAGAUAUACAAGACGUCCUGAUGGUGGCUUACUGGAGUAGUCCCUAUUAUUGUGUGGGGUAUGAAAGAAUAGUUAAACCCUGCCCGUUCUAUCAACCAGAUUUGUGUUUAGGCAUAUAACUUGUACAUACGGUUUGCACUCUAGCAUUUCGAGUGUCAAUCAAGAUAUCUGAACCCGUCCAUUUUAAUCUUGUUGGAGUUUCGUGUCAUUUUUGAGAUAUUGUAAGCUGACAUGAAUGGUCAGUUUUAUACUCGGACUUCAGCCUAGAACCGCGAAAUUUGUGUGAGAAUCAACUCUCCUUCAAGGGGUCAUCUUCUGGUAUCUGAAGACAGUUGCUUGGUUAGCUUUAUCCUCAAGUCAUCACUUCACAGGUCUUUUAAAAUUCUGGUCCAAGUGUGCUCACGAGCAACUCUGUACUGAACCUGUCCCGUAGUUCAUGGGACACCUGAUAGAAAGUUUAGCCUUUUUGUACAAAGCUCAGACAAAUGGUGGUCAUCGAUCUCAGGUGCGGUGGUAUGUUGGCCACAGGCAGUUAAGUUCCUUCAGAGAAGCGAAUACUAAGUACGCAAAUUUUGUGUGUAUUGUUGAGAAUCACAGUGUUCAGUUAUACCAUUCGGACAUGAAACAUGUGUUUCAAAUAUCACACCAACCUUCUCGAGCUCCUGAGUAGAUUAUGUUCUGAAAGUGGUAAACAACCAAGGCAGUUAUGCAAAGGUUUGUCAACUGCUCUCAUGAAGCAUUUUUCACGUGGUAUGGAUCAUGACAUGACGAAUCACCUGAAAUUCUGAUAAGGUUAUUGACAUUCUGAAGUAAUUCAUGAAGAUUACAGUCGAAAUUCGUGAGGUUAGACAAUGUCCGUGAGACAAAGUUGAAAGUAAAUCUUUCUAGCACCAGUUAAGAUCAAAGCAAGCAGUUGUCUGCGGGCAAGUCAGCAACUCAAACCGUAUAUUUUGUAGAACAGUUCACAUUGGCCUUGUAUGGGCCAAUGUGUGAAUUGUAACAUUUGAUACGAAUUCACCUGGGACUUUGGACGGCUAAGCUGAAAGGCGUUGAUGUACGUAAAGUCUUACAACCUUCAUGGUGCAAACAUCCCAUAAUAUGAUUACAUAUAGGACACUUUGGCAAAUGAUUACGCAGCAACAAUGCCUUAAUGUCAGAAGACUUUCCCCUCCGUAUUUAGCAUAUAACACCGAUACUGCAGGAAAGAGAAACCUUAAUAGAGAGACCAUUGAUUACUACAACGUGAAUAACGUACCAAAACAAAAAGAAAAGUGAGGCCCCAUAAAGAAGUACAUGCAUCAAAUCAAAGCCCUGAUAUGGCGCUAGGUUC